AAAAAAAAAAAAAGCCCUCCUUCUCAGGAUCCCUGGAGACUCUGUGCGCGCAGGGAACUGUGUAAAACCUUUACUUCGGAAGGUAAGUGCAGCAGUCUAGGCAUCUGGGGCAUAACUUAAGCCUCCGCUACGCGUCCCCCACCCCCACCCCCACCUGCCGGGGUCUAGGCGUUUCCCUCUGCAGGGCCUGGGGUGGACUCCUCUGCCAACUCGGCACUACACAGCUUCUCCAGCAGGGGGCGGAAAAGGGCCUGCAGCGACGCGCAGAACCCGAAUCCUCCAUUUCAGGUGUGAUGCUUAAGCCUCGGAUCAACUAACAGCCACACAUUUAAAAAUCUCAUUUAGGGUUACCGGAGGACCAAAUGAACCUCCGGGUCUGGCAGUCUGUUGCCAUUUCCUCCCAGAUAUGCGUCGCUUCCUACCGCGCUCCGUGGCUUUAGAAGGCAUUUGCAUUUACAUGUGCGGUGAUUAUUUGAGUCACUAAUACACACAGCCUAACCAGGAGUUUAAUUGGAAAUGUUAAUCAAUGCAAUAGAUCUGUGUCUGAGUUCCACAUUUGGUCAAUUAUCUGCAGGUUGGAGCAAUCUGUGCUAAACCCAGGGGAUGCAAUGAGGAGCAAAACGGUGCAGCUACAGCUGGGUCUGAGUCUGGGAAACAUAAUGGGGAGAUGGACUUUGAAAACUGAAAAGAGAGUAACAAUUUACUGGUGGGAAGAGGAAAUCAUUAGAAAGGUGUGGUCACAGAGAGGCCUGAUUGCUGAGAUGGAAUAGGAUGGCCUUGGAACCCACAUGGUGGAGAGGGAGGCCAGAGUUUUUCUUUGAGGUUGGAAGGGGCUGAAUUUGAAGAGUGAACAUUUUUAGGGGCCAAAGGACCAGGAACUGGGGUGGAAUGAACCCUGGGAGUCAGAAGUCAAGUGUUCUGGAGGGGUAGGGUCUGGUCUGGGACUCCCAAACACACUGUCCCAGACAGUGACAGUUUGGGACCCCUGUUGUGUUUAGGGGUUCCAGACAGUGUGUUUGCCCCUCUCUAGGCCUCAGUUUCCUUGUCUUUCAAACGAUGAAGUUGUCAGUAGUUGUUCUAUAGGGUGGUCCAUUUAUUCUUGGUAAUGAAGACAGGUCCACUAAAGUAUAGCCCUCUUCUUUCCCUGUCAGAAAAAUUACCCCUUCUUUUUUGUAUGCCCUCCAGUUUUGGGGAAAACAAUACAAAACAACCCCACAACCACAUAUAUUUCGUCUCUUUCAACAGUGUGGCUUUACUUUUACUUCAUAUGAAUUGGGAACAGGAGGGAAAAGAGAAGUCCAAGUUAAUAAUCUGCUAGGGACUCUAUAACCAAGCCCCUGAAAGGUUCUGUGCGGAGGGGUCUCACAGACCUGAGGGGAUGGGUGGGUGGCAUAUAUUCACUAGUGGCCCUUACUCCCUAACUCAAUCUCAAAACAGAAAGUCUUGGUAUGAAGGUGAAGGAAAGGCCUGGCUUAGGUCAUAUAUCCUUUUCCUUCCUAUAUCUCCCUCUGAGCCCCAGGCACUUUGUGGAAUUCAGCACCUUAAAAGAAACACUAUCCUUAACAAUCAGCACAAUAGUGCCCUCUAGUGACCUCAAUGGGAACAAUUUUAAGAUCUCCCCCUGCAUCUCAGGGCCCAACCUGAUCGCCAGUGCCCUUGUGCAGUGGUUACUCCCUGUGGAGAAGGCUCCCAGUCCUUCCAACCAGCCUGACAGAGAAACUCAGCCAGCCACCAUUUCCUGCAAGUUCUUCUCCUUGCAUAUACGGAUGGGGCUGGGGGUUUACAGAGGGAGUCAGCUCCCCAUAACUUCCUCCCCAGUGCUGUUUCCUUUGGGCCUGAAAAAGGUUUCAAACCUCCCUUCCUAGACAUCUUCCGUGCUGAGCAAGACACUUGGCAUGGGAAGGCUCUAUGGUAGAGUAGUUGUCCGUAGCUUCCACCUACCCCCACCACCAAGAUGGCAGCCCUAGUCCCCAGACAGGGAUUCUGGCAGGAAGUUGGAAUGCAGCAAGGUGGCUGGGAGUGGAGUUGGGUUGGUGAUGGGUGUUGGGUACGUGCAAGAUGGGUGCACUGAUUUUUACCUUAGUCUCCAACAGGAGGCUGAGUCAUAGGUGCAUAACAAGGCGGUAUAGACAUACAACAUGAUAGAGGCACACAAUGCCCACAACACUGUGCAGACACACAGCAUGGCAUAGAGAUAUUACACAAUACGAAUUAGACACAUUGCACAUACACAAAGGAUAGAAGAGAAGCAAUUCACAUGCAACACAGUACAGACACAUAGCACUCACACAGUAGCUUAUUGACAUGAUCAUGUAUACAACAUGAUAGUAACAGGACACUGUACACACAGAGAGUAUUAUGCAGACUCAAUACAUACAUAUCAUGGUAGAUAUGACACAGCACACAUAUACAGACAUACAACAUGGUACAGGGAACUGCACAGAUAUACAUGACCAAGUAUGCACAUGUGCUCACACAUCUCCCCUUGCCCUACUCUCAACACAACACACCCCCAGGCAGGUGAGAGGAGUGUGGCUACCAGGUGGAAUACCGUGUCCUGUCAGUUGAUUCUGCACUGACUCGAGCAAGUGGUGAAAUAAAGGCAGGCCACCAUGGAGUUAAAAAGUGGUGCUACAAUUGGGGCUGGGGAGAGGUGGAGGUAGGCUUCAGGAAAGCUCUUGAUCUUGCUCAAAAACAUGGAGAUUCUUGGUAGUACAGGUUGGGGGUGUGCCCUCCUCCUCUUACAUCCUCUAGUAUUGUUUCCCACCCCAAUGGGUGGAUGCUGCCUCUGCUGUCAGCCCUCAUCCCCAGAGAUGGGCAGGGGGCUUCUUGAGGCCAUUCUUCCUGUGCCCUCCUUGAGCCCUACCUCUCUCUGGAGCUUUGGCAGCUCGCACUCCUCUCCCCCUCACCCCACCCUCUUGCAGGGUGAGAUCUUGCAGGGUGAGCUCACGUAGGGAGGGAGGGGGCGAAUACACCAUUCAGUGGUGCAGUGGGUGGGAUUUGGAAAGGCUGCUUGGAGUGUGCAUGUGGGAAGCACACAUGGAAUGCCAGGGAUGCUGGGGGACAGAUAUGCUCUGGAGUCUUGCCCAAGAGCAAGAGGCAGACCCAGAGUAUGGCUUGGACUUUUUUUUCCAGAAGGGGGAAUUGGAGAUCAUGGGGCUUUUCUUGGCUCCCUAAGGCUUCAAUUUUGCAAUCUUCGUGUUUAGAUAACCAUCUAGCCAUCUCUUUGGAUUAGGACCCUGUUCAUUCUGGUCUCUAAUAAAUAGGUGCUAGCCUGAAUCAUGCCUCCUUGAGUAUCAGCAUGUAGUUUCUGCUUUUCUUUGAGGACAGACACCACUGGGGGAAGGGGAAAGGAAAGCAGAGUAGGAAGGAUUGCAGAGCUUGAGGUUCUACAGAGAAGAUCAGCCUCUCCCUUGAGAGGCUCAAAUGAUUGUGGGAAAAGGCAGAAAGGGAGGGUUCAAAGAGACUCAGUCUCCUUCAUGGUUAGACAUGGAAACCUCUGUGGGAAAAAUAGGGUAAAUUAUCACCAAACAACAACAGUAAACAGUGUAUAUUCACCCUAAGAAACCUGGGGAGGACAGUGGAAGACUUACCUGGUGGAGAUAGGAGAAGGUAGAGGGGAGCUCCAAUUAGGAUCAGAGGCUGUGGCCUUCAGCACCUGUGAGAUGGUAGCAAAUUAGGAGACCUCAGAAUAUUGUUGCCUGGCAGACAGACUUUUUUUACCCUUCCCCAGUGAAAGGUUAGUGAAAAGGGGAAUGGAAAUGGGGGUGGAGACUUAGAGUUGAGGGAUGAACUGAACUGAACUGAACUGAACUGAAUUCAGUGCCGCAACAUCAGGAAGCUCACAUAUUCAUGGAGCCAACUUGCAUUGGCCAUUGUCUCUGUUUCCUUUUGUCCACUGGGCUCUACCACCUCCUGUGAUUAUACAUAUUGCUCCAUAAUUUUGCAAAUUAUGUAAAUAUUUCACAUCUGUUUUAUUUGAUUUAGUUCUCCCAACACUUAUCCAAGGCAACUAAGGCAGGCCUUUUCACUUGAUACCAAGCAGGCCCAGAAUGAUCAGGUUUCCCCCAAGAAAGAGCAGCUGAGUCCUUGCAUCUUGUGGCAGCUGGUGUGCCCAGCACUGAGUCUGUAGGAGCUGAAGCCAGUCCGGACCCUUCUCAUGGGCAGUGCCCACCUGUGCUGAAGUCCUGCAGCCGUGGCGGUGUGAGGAGCUGUGAAAUUGGUUGUAACUGAAAAUGUCUGACAGUCUGGAUAAUGAAGAGAGACCCCCAGCUCCCCCACUGAGGAUGAAUAGUAACAACCGGGAUUCUUCAGCACUCAACCACAGCUCCAAACCACUUCCCAUGGCCCCUGAAGAGAAGAAUAAGAAAGCCAGGCUUCGCUCUAUCUUCCCAGGAGGAGGGGAUAAAACCAAUAAGAAGAAGGAGAAAGAGCGCCCAGAGAUCUCUCUUCCUUCAGACUUUGAGCAUACGAUUCAUGUGGGGUUUGAUGCAGUCACCGGGGAAUUCACUCCAGAUCUCUAUGGCUCACAGAUGUGCCCAGGGAAGCUCCCAGAGGGAAUUCCCGAGCAAUGGGCACGAUUACUCCAAACCUCCAACAUAACAAAAUUGGAACAGAAGAAGAACCCCCAAGCUGUUCUAGAUGUUCUCAAAUUCUAUGAUUCCAAAGAAACAGUCAACAACCAGAAAUACAUGAGCUUUACAUCAGGAGAUAAAAGUGCACAUGGAUACAUAGCAGCCCAUCCUUCGAGUACAAAAACAGCAUCUGAGCCUCCACUGGCCCCUCCUGUGUCUGAAGAAGAAGAUGAAGAGGAGGAAGAAGAAGAAGAUGACAAUGAGCUACCACCAGUUAUCGCACCAAGACCAGAGCAUACAAAAUCAAUCUACACUCGUUCUGUGGUUGAAUCCGUGCUUCUGUGGUUGAAUCCAUUGUCACCAGCAGCACCAAAUAAAGAGGUCACACCACCCUCUGCUGAAAAUGCCAAUUCCAGUACUUUGUACAGGAACACAGAUCGGCAAAGAAAAAAAUCCAAGAUGACAGAUGAGGAGAUCUUAGAGAAGCUAAGAAGCAUUGUGAGUGUUGGGGACCCAAAGAAAAAAUACACAAGAUUUGAAAAAAUUGGUCAAGGGGCAUCAGGUACUGUUUAUACAGCACUAGACAUUGCAACAGGACAAGAGGUGGCCAUAAAGCAGAUGAACCUUCAACAGCAACCCAAGAAGGAAUUAAUUAUUAAUGAAAUUCUGGUCAUGAGGGAAAAUAAGAACCCUAAUAUUGUUAAUUAUUUAGAUAGCUACUUGGUGGGUGAUGAACUAUGGGUAGUCAUGGAAUACUUGGCUGGUGGCUCUCUGACUGAUGUGGUCACAGAGACCUGCAUGGAUGAAGGACAGAUAGCAGCUGUCUGCAGAGAGUGCCUGCAAGCUUUGGAUUUCUUGCACUCAAACCAGGUGAUCCAUAGAGAUAUAAAGAGUGACAAUAUUCUUCUCGGGAUGGAUGGCUCUGUUAAAUUGACUGACUUUGGGUUCUGUGCCCAGAUCACUCCUGAGCAAAGUAAACGAAGCACUAUGGUGGGAACCCCAUAUUGGAUGGCACCUGAGGUGGUGACUCGAAAAGCUUAUGGUCCGAAAGUUGAUAUCUGGUCUCUGGGAAUUAUGGCAAUUGAAAUGGUGGAAGGUGAACCCCCUUACCUUAAUGAAAAUCCACUCAGGGCAUUGUAUCUGAUAGCCACUAAUGGAACCCCAGAGCUCCAGAAUCCUGAGAGACUGUCGGCUGUAUUCCGUGACUUUUUAAAUCGCUGUCUUGAGAUGGAUGUCGAUAGGCGAGGAUCUGCCAAGGAGCUUUUGCAGCAUCCAUUUUUAAAAUUAGCCAAGCCUCUCUCCAGCCUGACUCCUCUGAUUAUCGCUGCAAAGGAAGCGAUUAAAAACAGCAGCCGCUAAGACUGCAAGCCUUACACCUCACCAUCUCCCUCAUGAGUAAGACUGAAAUAAAACUCUGCUGCAGGAAAGAUGGAAGAAAAGACAGUCAAAUGGGGUGGGGGUUCUUUACCUUUCAAAUGAAUAGAAACUUCUUAUAAGCCUUUUUCCUACUCCCUCAGAUUAUGUAAUUUAUUUGUAAGCCUGAAUCGCAGCCCAAACAGGGCAGCAAUGUUGAAGUGACCAUAAAGUGGUCACUUCCACCGUGAAGCGAAAGAGCCAGUAGUGAAUCCCCUCAUUUUGUGCACUCACUUUGAAGAAAAAGGUUUCUCAAAGAUGCACACUCCCUCUUCAUAGUGUUGUGUUUGUUUUUAAGUUAGAGAGUAGUCCCUCUUGCAUUCAAACCUCCUUCAAAACUCCUUACCCAAUGUGAUGUUUUUCACUUGCAUUGUCAUUAGAUGUCCAGGAAAAAAAAAGAUGUCAAAAUGUUUUUCUAAAAAAAAGAAAGCAAAAAAAAGCAAGGCAAAAAAACAGAAAUAAAAACAAAACAAAAAUAAACAAACAAACAAACAAAAUACCAGAGCAAGUACUGUGUGAACAUGUGGAAGUCCAUGCCCUAAUAGAGUUGCAAUUUUUUCUUCUUCUUCUAUAGUGGUGGCUUGGUUUGUGUACCUAUUUUUCUGCAUUUGUAUUGGAAAAGGUUUCUUUUAAGACAUUUUCCAAAAGUGGAGAGGAAUAUGUGUAUUCAGGAAGGGCUUUUUAAAAAGUGUAUAUCUAAAUAAAGCUCAAAUGGUGAAAUCCUGUCACAUUUUCACAAUGAUGCUUAAAAGAUAGUUGAGUAAACCAGGUUGUUAAUCUCCUUAAUACCUGAAAGAGGACACACUGAAACUAUGACAUCCUGCUAGGUGAGUUCUGGUUCUGAACCUAGGAAAUCCUCAUAGGAGAAACCACAUUUAAACAAAGAUGGGACUUUCUCUGAGAGCCAAAACCAGAUAAAUGUAGAAUACUGACAUCCUUGUCUGAUAUUAAGUAAACAAAGAUAAUGAUACCUAAAUUAAUCCUCUUUUGUGCUUAUGAAACAUAUGCACUGUAAAAUAGGCAUACCAGGAGGAAAUAGAUUCAUUAACCAUCAUUUACUUAUGAUACAAAUUGUUCAUUUUGACAAUUUAUAAUAUUUAAAAAAGUUUUUUAAAGAUCUGGAGAAAGGUGGUAUAGUAAACAGUCAACUCUGCAGGAAGUGGGAGGUCAGUGAAGGCUACAUCCCAAUCAAUAUUUGGCUCUAAGUACUUGUUCCCAUUUUCCCUAUGUAUCACCUAUUUCUGUUUCAGAAUAUGGUGUGUUCAUACUUAGUCCUUUGGGCUUUUGAAUAUCAAAAGCAUAUUCAUAAAAGUCGUGAAAUUCUCUCCAGUAGAAAAUAAUUUUAACUUACAAUCAUAUCCCAAGAAAUGUUAGUCCAACAGAAUUCCUUAUAUGGCUUGGGGAAAAUAACAAAAUUUGACUAUUAUUUCACCAUAUAUCUAUUUAUUAAAAAUUCAACAGUUGGCACUUUCUGAAUCUUCUGAGAGUAGAAAAAUAUCUGGAGGGUGUCUGUGUAGAAAAGGAUAUGCCUCUCUUUUGAACGUACUGACAAUUUUGUAAAUUACAGAAAGUUGUUUCUCUAAGCCUUUGAAAAACUAACAAUUUGUGUUAUAGAAGGCUUCUUAAUUUGUAGUAUACAAAGAAUCUAAACAGAACCUAUGUACAUUCAGCAAGAAGGGGAAAGAGAUCAGUUACAUAGACCUCUCUCCUUCUUUGCCAAGGUACAUCCAUCCAUCUAACCAUCCAUGUAUCCACAUCUUAAAAUGAAAGCACUUUCUUUCGAGUUUCAGCAAACUAUAUAGUGUACGUGUUUAUGUUUAGGAGAUGACCCCACUGGUGUAUUUCCUGUUUUCCCUAUUGUUUUCUUUGACUGUAAAAUUUGGGAGAGACUUGACCUCCUCCCCUUGAAAAAGACCACAGUGGGAUAAAACAAUAAUUGUGAAAAGAAAAUGAAGUGUUAAUAUUAAUUUGAAGCAUACUAUGUUAUAUUUUGCAAAAAGGAAUCUGGGCUUGUAAUUUUAAUGCCACACUGCUCUAAUGAGAGAGAGAGGCCUUAAUUUUGAUUUCAUUUAAAAAUAAGUACUUAAAAAAAAUUUUCACUCAUAGUGCCGGGAAAUUCAAUGAAAUCCUGGGAUGCAAAUAAAAAUCAGUACAUUGGUACAUUGGUGACUGUCCUGCCAGUGGAGAGAGCCCAAAACCUGGUUAGGAAGCCCUAUUCAUCAGUUAGCAUCCCUUACAUGUUGAGAAGGCCUUUUUGUUGUUAUUUUGGAGACCUUGGAGCAGUGACCCUUCAGAUCACUGUAGGCAGAGAAAUGGCUUCUCUCUUACGCUUUCAGUUCAGCAUAUUAACAACUAGGAGCCAGGUACUUCUUUACUACCACUUUGUACCAAGAUUUGAUAAUAACAUAUCCCAGGAGGGAUUACUUUUAUAAAUUUGUAUUUAUGUAAAUUUUCAAAUGAGAACAGCUUCUAAAGCCCCUUCCCUGUAUUGGAGAGUUAUGUAUAUUUCUAAUAAGUAUUAGAAAGAAGCUGUUUCUCGUGCCACAAUGAUGCUGAAGGAUUCACAUUUGGUACAAUCGAGCAACUUGAACUCCAGAUUGUUAACAGUUUAUUCUCUUUCCCUGGAUUGUUUUUAGCUCAUCUUGACACAGGUGAGUCUAUCCAAAUCUUUAAUGUUGGUAGUGUGCCCUGAGAUAACGAGGGCACAUCCUUCAAUGUUGAUUCCAAAAUAUCCUGAUAUAGGAAUAGGGCAGUGGGAAAGUCAGGGAAGGGUGAGAAGCACAGUAGAGAUUAUUUAUUUAAAAAAGAAAAGAACGUUAAUGUUGUUAGCAAGGAUCCAGUGCGUUGUCAUAAUCCCAUGAGGAUUUUCAGAUGACACAAUCCCUCAGAUCAGUCACCAUGUUGGGUAAUGACUUCGUUCUUGCUGAUCUCGUGUGUGUGUCAUUGUAAAUAUUUGUGCGUCCAUGUUCCAUUUUGGCUACUGGAUGGCCAAGCCAUGUAAGAAGAUUUAACUCAAGUAUUUAUUCUUUAUGUUAUUCAGAUUUCUUUCAGGCUUGUGAAGUGCACCCCAAUGUUUGAGUUUAACCACCUGAUCCUUACAUCUAUCCCUCCCCGGUGAAGCACAUUCCAUUGCUAAAAGAAAAAGAAAUAUGAAAUUGCUUCCUGUUGUCUGUGUAACUGUUUUGAUAGUUUGAGAUGUUUGUCUAUAAAUGAUAUUUCUCAGCUCAAAGAUCGUGUAAAUAAUUAUAUUCCUUUGCUCAAUGGGUUGUUUAUUUCUAAUGAGGCUGCCAGUUCUGAGAGAUUCUAUAAUAUCACUUUUAAAUAACAUAAACAGGGAUUACAACUACAUAAAAAGAAAUGCAUAUGGGCAAAGACUGGGAACACAGAUAAUUGAAAUCAGUUGUAUUAGGGUGGUGGAAUUAUGUGAAUUUUUUUUCUUUCUAAAAUUUUAUUUAAUAUUGUUAUAAUAUUGCUUUAUAAUAAAUAAACAGCAGAAGGGAAACUAUAGACACAUAGAAAAGAUGACAGAAGCAGAUGCCUUCUGGCCAGAGCCCAGAGCAUGCAGGGCACAGAUAUUUGCUAGUUACAAUUAUUCCAUAGGCUUUAUACUUGCCUGGGUGCUGAGGUUGGCACACGCUUGGGUAUGGCACGUGCUUUCUUAGGAGACUAUUAUCUAUAAGUUAAAGCUAGGGAGAUGUCACUAUUAGAACUCCAAACACACUCUUCUGCUUUAAAACAGGCUGUCUGCCCUGUGCUUUGGUAUGGCAUUCGGGUGUCUGUUUUGUGGUUGCUUUAGAUUGGAGGGGUGACCAUUAUAUUAGCCCCC